GCACACACACUAUAUUGCCAGAAGUAUUGGGCCAGCCCUCCAUAUCAUGUGAUUCAGGCGCUCCAAUCCCCUCCAUAUCAUGUGAUUCAGGUGUUCCAAUCCCCUCCAUGGACACAGGUGUAUACAAUCCAUCCCCUAGGCAUGCAGACUGCUUCUACAAACAUUGGUGAGAGAAUGGGUCGCUCUCAGGAGCUCAGUGACUCCAAGCGUGGUCCCGUGAUAGGUGGCCACCUGGGCAAUAAGUCCAUCCGUGACAUUUCCUGGCUACUAAAUAUUCCACACUCAACUGUUGGUGGGAUUAUAACAAAGUGGAAGCAACUGGGAACAACAGCCACUCAGCCACCAAGUGGUAGGCCACGUCACAUGACAGGGCGGGGUCAGCGCAUGCUGAAGCGCACAGUGCGCAGAAGUCGCCAACUGUCUGCAGAGUCAAUAGCUAAAGACCUCCAAACUUGGUGUGGCCUUCAGAUGAGCCCAACAACAGUGCGUAGAGAGCUUCAUGGAAUGGGUUUCCAUGGCCGAGCAGCUGCAUCCAAGCCUACCAUCACCAAGUGCAAUGCAAAGCGUCGGAUGCCAUGGUGUAAAGCACGCCGCCACUGGACUCUAGAGGAGUGGAGGCGUGUUUUCUGGAGGGACCAAUCACGCUUCUCCGUCGGAUGUGUCUAGGUUUGGCGGUUGCUUUGAAUAAAAUAGAAGGAAUAUAACCAUCUUACGAAAUUUAAAUUUUAAAUAGAAUACAUUUGAAUUUGAAUAGA